AUGCAGCUCUCAUCCAUCCUCACCGUCGCCCUCGGCCUCGCUUCUACUACAUCCGGCUACGUCCUCACCCUCUACAAAAACGAAGGCUGCGGAGGUGCCUCGCAGAGACGCAACAUUUACGACAACACUUGCGCGACUACCGACUUUGCCCCUAGAUCCGUCAGGGUCGAGGUCUACGGGGGCUACAACCAGAAGGCGUACUUUUACUCCAGCAAGGGAUGCGUUGCUGGACAGGAGAUUGCUGGUCCGUGUCCCAUUCCUGUCCCCAGCCAGCAGGCGCCCGUCUAG